AUAUAUCAACGUCAUAAUAUUCUUCAGUGACUUCUAAGAUUUAUGGACAAUCUUUAUUUAUAUUAUAUUUAUAUUUGUCUCUUCCUAAUUCUCAAUUAUUAUUCUUAUCAAAGUUAUUUUUUCAAACUCCCAACAAAGACGGCACCUGUUGUCUACCCGUUAGAAAUACGCGACAUUUGAUUUCCACCAAUGAAAUUUUGAUUGUUGUUAUUAGUUUAUGCUGGUCGGCAAAGUAGUGAACGUUAUGCUUUUUAUUACUGUCGUCCCGUUAGAUCAAAGGAUUAUUUUGAAGAUAUAGGCUUUUAUAUUAAUAAAUUCGAGACAUUAUGCUCUACAAUUAGUGAAGUGAAGUUGUGAAAUGGAUUUUUGUUUAAUUUUGGACAUAUAUUCGUUUUACACCCGAAUAAUUAUCCUGUAAUGUGAAUUGCAUUCAAAAUGGCGGAUUCAUAUUAUCAGGGCGACUACAUAAAGCAUCCCGUCCUGUACGAGCUCUCGCACAAGUAUGGCGUCCAGACCGAAAACCUCUCCGACUGCCAGCUGCCGUACAAGUUGGAGGAACUCAAGGAGAUCAUACGUCGCGAGAUUAGGAAAGAGCUCAAAAUCAAAGAGGGCGCCGAGAAGCUCAGGGGGGUUGCGACCGAUAGAAAAUCGCUCAACCACGUUGCCACCAUCGUUAAGAACGCGAACUGCAAGUUGACCGAGCUGAAGAACGAACUAAGCGAGCUGGAAUCGCAAAUUAUACUCUCACAAGGGAACAGUACUCCGACGACACCUUGUAUCAAUGGCGACUACUUGCAACAAUCUCUCAUGGACACUCGUAACAAUGACAAGCUCAACAAUUCUGGACAUCACAGUCGAAUCGAGAACCUGGAAAGGCAGCUAAACAUAGAACUGAAAGUGAAACAGGGAGCAGAGAACAUGAUACAGAGCAUCACUGGUAAAGAUAAGAAAUUGUUGUACGAAGCGCAGCAGAUGUUACAGGAUUCGAAAACUAAGAUAGAAUUUUUGAAAAUGAAGAUAACGAAGAUGAAACACGAUGAAGACUCCAAGCACAGAGGUUCAAUGUAUGACUUGACAGCAAAUGGUGACUCGACGCCUAGAAGGGAACUAGAACCAUGUGUCGACGAUAGGAUUGAGGACUUGAAACACAGGUUAAGGGUAGAAGCCGCAGUUGUGGAAGGAGCCAAAAAUGUGAUCAGAUUACUACAGAAUGGUAACAAAGAUAAAAGUGAUAAAAAAGCUCUGAAUGAGGCACAAGACAGCCUGAGAGCAAGUAGCAUGAAAUUGGACUUACUAAGAAAAUCGCUCGAGCUGAGAAAAUCAGAACUGCCAAUCGAUUCGCCCGUUGCUCAACAGUUGAAAGAAGAACUUGCCAACGCACAGACAUUUAGCCCAAUGUCUGUGCAUUACACAAGUCUUCAGCCUUUUAGAGAGAGACCUGGGAACAAUAAGAUGCCAAUCAAUUCGUCUUCCACAUUUAAUAGAUGCGCCGCAGUCACUGGCGUAUUAGAGGUUCGUUUGAUGGGUUGCCAAGAUCUCUUAGAAGAAGUACCUGGUAGAUCGAGGAAAGACUCUGACAAUAAUUCUAGUCCUAUGGACUUACGAUUCUUCCGAAAAGGAGUAGGAGGUAGAAGCUCAUCCAAGAGCUACUCCGUCAAAGAGGAAGUAAGCGAUGAAAUCAUGGCAGUAUUAAAAUUGGAUAAUACUACAGUGGGACAAACAAGUUGGAGACCAUGUUCUCAGCAAGCUUGGGAUCAGAGAUUUUCAAUCGACUUAGAUAAAUCGAGGGAACUAGAAAUCGGUGUAUAUUGGCGCGAUUGGAGGUCGUUGUGCGCCGUGAAAUUUUUGAAACUGGAGGAGUUUAUUGACGAUGAAAGGCACGGAAUGGCUCUGCAUUUGGAACCUCAAGGACUUCUUUUUGCAGAAAUCAAAUUUUUGAACCCGAUGAUUUCCAAGAGGCCACGACUGCAAAGGCAGAAGCGAAUAUUCAAGGAGGGCCUUCCAAGGGCCAAGCAGAUGAACAUCAAUAUAGUGACGUGGGGGAGAUGGAUGAAAAAGCAAUCGGCUAGGGUUCCUCCACAUAGAAAUCAACCAAUUAGCAUUUCAAAUGAGUUCUCGAGUAUGGAAAAUAUAGCUGAAGACAAACCCGAAACGCCUGGGGAAACUCCCGAUCCUAAUGUUGCCGGUCUUGGUGGUCAAAGACCUUUAGGUUUAGGAGUAGAAAUUUUGCCUGCCAGCCCACCACCACCUCCGAUUCCGAAGGAACCGCCCCCACCAAUAGCCAAGAAGAAGAUGUCUGUUACGCCGCCCCCUGUACCGCCAAGGCUUGACCCAGAGAGUAUAGCGGUACUGAGGGAGUUCGACUUCCUGGAGGACCACGAGGUUUCCAGAUCGGGACCUUUGAUAAUACCAGCAGCAAGCAUGCCCACUACUCCCAUUCUCGCGCCCGAACAGUUGGUUCCUCCUAGUCCUCAACCUCUUGUAGAGUUUCCAGAUGAUGAGCCACUCGCAGAAGCCGUAAACAUCAUCAGACGUCCGCCACCAAGAGAACCCGGCUACAGGGAUAGUGCGUACGAAUCCCGAAGGCAUUCCCAGUACACCGGUAUGAGCCUCGACAACUUCAAAUUGUUGAGCGUUCUCGGACGUGGCCACUUUGGUAAAGUGAUUUUGUCCCAAUACCGAAAUACCGGCGAAUACUUCGCAAUAAAGGCCCUCAAGAAGGGCGACAUAAUAGCGAGGGACGAAGUGGAAUCGCUACUGAGCGAGAAGAGGAUUUUCGAAAUAGCCAAUUCCAUAAGGCAUCCGUUCUUGGUCAACCUAUUCGCCUGUUUCCAGACGGAAGCACACGUCUGUUUUGUGAUGGAGUAUGCAGCGGGCGGAGACCUGAUGAUGCAUAUACACGCUGAUGUUUUCGAGGAGCCCAGGGCAGUGUUCUAUGCAGCCUGCGUAGUUUUAGGUUUACAAUAUUUGCACGAGAACAAAGUUAUUUAUCGAGAUCUUAAGUUGGAUAACCUUCUACUGGAUACUGAAGGCUAUGUGAAAAUAGCUGAUUUUGGUCUCUGCAAAGAAGGUAUGGGCUUCGGCGACAGGACUGGAACCUUCUGUGGUACCCCAGAAUUUUUAGCGCCUGAAGUUUUAACAGAGACUACAUACACAAGGGCUGUAGAUUGGUGGGGUUUGGGAGUUCUUAUAUUUGAGAUGUUGGUAGGGGAGUCACCCUUUCCAGGUGAUGACGAGGAGGAAGUGUUUGACUCCAUUGUUAAUGAUGAAGUACGUUACCCCAGGUUUCUUUCUUUAGAGUCGAUAGCAAUAAUGAGAAGGUUACUUCGUAAGAGUCCAGACAGAAGAUUGGGGUCCAGCGAAAGAGAUGCGGAAGACGUUAAAAAACAAGCGUUCUUCAGGCAGAUCAACUGGGAAGAUCUACUUCUUAGAAGGGUGCCACCACCAUUCAUACCUACAGUGCAUUCUUUGGAAGACGUAAGCAAUUUCGACGAAGAAUUCACGUCUGAAAAACCACAACUCUCACCGCCCAAAGAACCGAGGAUCCUCCAGGAACAAGACCAGACCUUAUUUAAGGACUUCACUUAUAUGGCAGACUGGUGCUGACAAGCUGUAUAGCUGAUCAUUCGAGUGUUUGUUCCAAUAGUUCGAAUCGGAACUGAAGGAGAAUAUAUUUUAGGUUAAAAUGUUUUAAAAGAGAAGGAUGUGAAACUGCAUUAAUCUCAGUUGAAAUCCAGACUGGAAUUUUUGUUACAUCCGCUAAUUGCCAAUAUGAUUAGUAGUUUGUUUAGGGUUUGAAUUUUAGAAUGUACAGUAUUAAAAGUGAUCAAGCUGAGCAAACAUUAAUUUCCGAUACAAUUUUGUAAAUAGACGAAAUUAAUUACUUAUUAAUUGGUUCAUUUUGUGAGUUGAAGGAUAAACGAGACAGGUGAUUUGAAUUUUCAUUAUAUAACUGAAGUUGAAUUAAUUGAUUAGUGAAUGUAUAAGUUAUUAAUACAGAAUAUUUUAUAAUAACGAAUUAAACUUUUCAAAACAUUACACUUAUUUCUAAACAAAAUUUGAUGAAAUUGAGUGAAAUUACUGAAAUGAUCAUUAUGCUCGGAAUCAUUGAGUUUAUUUCGAAAAUAACGGAUCAUGAUGAUCAUUAAUGUUAACAUUUAUUAUGUUCCUCGAAAUGUCGCAGACUGUAAGGCAAUCAACAUUUUUAUAAUUUUCUUCAUAUGUUGACUUAGAUUUGAAUUAUUCUUCGAAAAAUAAGUAGCCGAAAGUAGUUUCUUUGAAUGAUCACAAGGUAUAUGAUUAUUCAGAGUAAAUGAACUUAGAUCAAGGGCAUAUAUUGAAACAAGACACAAAUUUCUUAUUGAAAUAAAGUCAAAUUUCUGGUGAUGCAUAUCUUUGUCCUUGCCAGUUCUAAUUCAUCAUCACUAGCAUUACUAGUUUUAAGUUAUGAUUUUAAUGGUCGUUCAGCUUUGAACCAAAUGAUGUUUUUGAAAUUAAAUCUAUUCUUGAAAGUUACGUUUGGUUAUAAUGCUCAUAUUAUGCUAUUAAUAUUUAUUCAGUUGAAUUUGAUUUGAGCAUGCAAUUAAUUUUUAGAUUAUGAUUGGCAGUUAAAACUAUUUUGUACAUAAUAAUUAUUUAUAUUUUAAUGUUAUCGUUAACUAAACAUGUAUUGUUCUUGUUGCAUCUCUAUUCUCAAGAUGGAAAAGUAUUAUUCAUUCGGUAUCCCAAAUGACAGAGAAAAGGAUAGUGAUUGAUGGUAAUAUUUACCAAUUAAUUAUCAGAUACUUCCUCUUGGGAUAUCAAACUAUUUAUUAAAAUGAAAAUGCAUUUUAUAGUUGAUGCCCUUAGUUUGAUCUUUUAAGGUCGAGCUUCUUAUUGAAUGUAUUUCAAAGUGUUUGCUUUCUGAGACCUUGACAAAAAGAGCUUCUUUUGUGUAUAUUAUGAAAUGAAAUAACAAAGAUCACAUGUCAAGACUGUAAAUUCAUAUAUUAUAUGAGGGAGAAGAAUAUUUGGAAGUGCCUACUGUAUAAGUGUUUGCUCAUUGUAUAUAAAUACUAACCUUGUGUAUCCUCUAUAUUUUUGAUGCUUUAAUAUAUAUAUACAUAUAUAAAUACCUUCGUUAGGUACUGUUUUAGAAUACAAUGUAUUAAAACAAUUACGAACAAUUAAUAUUUUAUUUAUAAUCCUUUACAUCACUUGAUUACAACAGUGUUAUUUUAAUAAAAACCGUCUUUAUCAGGA